GAAUCAGACAUCGAAGGGAUAAGAAACUGAUAACUCUAACGUAAAGCAUGUACCGUAAAGCGAUUUUAGUCGAACCAAAAAAGCCUUUAGAAUUCGUUGAAGAGCCAAUUCCAGAAACACCUGAUGAUGGAGUUGUAUUAGAAUUGCUUUAUUCAGGAGUUUGUCAUAGUGAUGUUCAUAUUCAAGCAGAUUGUAUGGAUUUUGGAGGAGGAGUUUACGCCAGCCUGUUCGCUAUCAACAAAGACCUAUUUAUAGGCAGAAAUCUUGGUCACGAAAUUUAUGGCCGAAUCAUGUCUAUGGGUCCAAAUGCUAGCAAAAAUUUUAAGGUCGGAGACGAGGUUGUUGCAUACCCAUGGGCUGGUUGUCGAAGCUGUGAAUUUUGCAAAAUUGAUAGAUCCAAUUUUUGUAGCGAUAAUCAAUUCGGCUUAAAAGAUCUUGGUUUAGGUAGAAAAGGCGGAUUUGCCACUCACAUGGCUCUACCAGAAUGCGAAAAGUAUCUUAUCAAGAGAGGAAACAUCGACCCUAAAGUCGCUCCUCUACUUUCUUGUAGCGCUCUGACAGCUUUUUCGGGACUGAGGCAAAUUAAGGAAAGUUUAGAUACCAGAGCAAGAGCUGGACUGACACAAAAUAUUUUGCUCAUUGGAGCUGGGGGUCUUGGACAGUGGGCAGUUGCUUACAGUAAACACUUAUAUCCAGAAUGCAAUCUAACAGUAGCUGACAUUUCGACAGAGAAGCUUGAACAGCUAAGCGAAAGAGGUGUCGAUAAUACAGUUCUUUUCUCUAAGACAUCAACUAUUGCUGAAAAAGCCCAACAAUUUCCACAUAAAAUGGAUGGAAUAAUUGAUUUUGUUGGCUCUUCCCAGACUGCUUCACUCGCAGCAAAAUUAUUGAGCAGAGGUGGAACUAUGGUUGUCAUUGGACUGAUUGGUGGUCAAAUUGAAGCCUCGCUUUUAGGGCUAAUUGACGGUACCCAAACUAUUAAGGGUGUUCGAACUGGAAGCUUUGAGCUAAUGAAAGAAAUGAUAAGAUUAACAGAGGAAAAAAAUAUCCGUGGUCCUGAAAUUUUCACCUACAAAUUCGACCAAGUAAACGAAGCUUUGGAUGCAAUAAGAAAUGGAACAAUGAUGGGAAGAGCAGUUUUAGACAUAAAAGCUUAA